AAAAGUCAGUCCCCAAACAGAAACGAAGUGUCCGCUUCCAAUCUUUGGCUAACCACCAGUUCGCAUCUUACAUGGCCUUAAAGUUAGGACAAAUCACUCAAUUAAAAAUCUUUGCCCUCUAAUAAAUCCAGAUUUAAAAUUUAGAAUAUUAGCUAUCAUUGUUCCGAAUAAGAAAUCUGCUAGCUGCAAUAUGAAUUCAUCAGCCAAUAAGGGUACACAGGAUGUGAAUGCACAAAACCAAAUGGAAAAGAGGGUGGAGACUCUGGAUUAUCAAUCGUCAGUGGGACAAGGACAAGAACAAAGGCCUGUGGAAAUUAUUCACCAGCCACAAAUUAGCACACCUUUGUCGAACACUAGUGGUGGCGUAUUGUCUAAUGCUGCUGCGUCUGUUGCAUCGACCCUCGAGUCCGCCAAGAGAGCUAUUUCACGGAAAUAACUCCAUCAUACUAUGUUGUAUAAUUUUGUUAUCUUUUUCUGAUAGUUCUUUAUUUCUACUGUAAACUCUCCAAAGGGAAUGCAAUGAUAUUUCACAUGACUCGAACUUCCAACCUGCUGGUUGAAUGUCUCGAUAGUUCGCCUCAAGAAAAUCUUGAGGAUUUGUCUAUUAAUAUUUGUUUAGAACUGUGUGUUUUGUAGUAAAUAUCUGGCUCAAUUCAAUAAAUUUCCUCUUCCAUUCACAUAAAUCAUAAUUAUCAAAUAUACAGCGACAGUUUACAAGAUUGAAUGCUAGAUGAAGCGCCUGUUGUCAUUCUUUUUAAAAAGGGCUCAGUAUAAAAGAUAAAAAUGUUGAUGUAUAGCAUUGCCACACUAUAGUUGGACAAGUAAAGGGA